UAAACAUACACACAUAUACACGCCAGCUGAGAUAACAAAUUUCUGGAAAUAAACAAUUAAAAAGUGGAAAACAAUGGCUUCCGAUGGCGAGGACAUCACCGUAACACCCGCAGAAUCGGCCACGGACACCGAGGAGGAGGAUAUAGACUCGCCACUAAUGCAGACCGAACUGCAUUCCGACGAGGAGCAACUAGACGUGGAGGAGGUUCCUCUGACGGCGGAGGAAUCGGAGAUGGAUGAGCUGGUAAAGCAGCUGGAGGACUACUCGCCCACCAUACCAGACGCCCUCACCAUGCACAUCCUGAAAACCGCUGGCUUCUGCACAGUGGACCCCAAGAUACUGCGCCUCGUCUCGGUGUCCGCGCAGAAGUUCAUCUCGGAUAUUGCCAACGACGCACUGCAGCACUGCAAGACGCGCACCACAAACAUCCAGCAUUCCAGCGGACACAGUUCCAGCAAGGACAAGAAAAACCCCAAGGACAGGAAGUACACGCUGGCCAUGGAGGACCUGGUGCCGGCUCUCGCGGACCACGGCAUCACCAUGCGCAAGCCGCAGUACUUCGUUUAGAUUUAGUUAAGCUCUAAAGUUUUGAUUUGUGCACACAAAUAUAGCUAGUUUUCUUCAAGUUGUAAAAACA